CCUCGCAUAAGAAUAAGAAUAUAAUGGGAAACUACAUGUCUUCUGGUCGAAAUGGCAGGGGCAAAAUUGUUCACUGGGAUGGAUCGGUUCAAGAAUUUGAUAAACCCGUGACGGUGGCUGAGCUCAUGCUGGAGCAUCCUCAACAGCGGGUGGUGGAGUUCCAUUCUGCUGUCAACCAGAGAAGGCCAAAUCCGUUACCCGCCGAUCAAAAUCUUCAAACCAACAACAUUUAUCUGAUGCUUCCCAUGAAGCGAGGCAAGCCCCUCGGGUUAAACGCUCAGGAUGCUCGUCGUUUUCUUCUGAUUCUCAACUCCGCUGGUCUGCGUUCCAAGUCCCUCCUUCCCUCUUCUUCCGGCAGAUUUCUUCCUUGGCUUGGUCGCAUGUGCCACCAUCCCAAUGCAGUAGCGGCAGGUCAUCCCACACAAAAAAAGCCACAGAUAUCGGAAGAGGAGCAGACGGAAGAGGUGUGCAGGGACGUGUUCCCUGAGAUUCUUCCGCCUGAAAGACCUGAAUAUUUGAGUCGUGAGCUUUCCGGGAAAGGGUGGAAGCCCAGCUUGGACCCGAUCACAGAGAAGAAAAUCGAAACAAAAAUCUCUCACUGGUUGUUCUUCAAGGCUUUCUAGUGUUUUCACUCUAUGCGGAGCAUCCUGGGCAUUAUUUAUGCAUGUAACUAUGUACCAGAGUUAGAGAUACCUGAGACCUGCCUUAAUUUAAUUAUAUGUACGUAUCUGAUCAUGAUAUCUUAGACCUAGGUUAAUGUGCUUCCUCUUGAACUUCGUUUAACGAGGUGAACAUGCUAAUUCCAAAUAUUGUAAUUUGUGAUGAGGAAGCCGUUUGUUCUAUUGUGAUUUAGUCGCCUAAAUCAGAGGGUUGAGUAGUUUUUAAGAAAUCCAAGUUUUCAAGUGAUGUGCCGGUAUGUGUUAAGAAGAGGCGUGACUUUAUUAUUAAUUGGUAUU